CAGAGGCAGCAGCAGCUCUGCAGGGCAGCAGGAUGACCCUGUGGAAUGGCUCCUUCCCCUUCUACCCUGGCCCCAGGGCUGGCUUCCUCUUCGACACCACCCGGGCCACCAUCCUCUCUGUCUUCCUCUCCCUCUUGGUCACUUUCAUCAUCAUCCUGCCUGGGAUCCGGGGCAGGAAGAGACUCUUCUGGUUCCUGCGGGUGGUGCUGAGCCUCUUCGUGGGAGCUGUGGUCCUCACUGUGCAGUUUGGCAGGGACUGGGAGACAGGCUGGGUCACUGCCAACGCUUCCUACAAGUCCUUCAGCUCUGCCCUGGUCACCGUGGACGUGGGGCUGCACAUUGGCCUGGAUGGGCUGAACAUCACACUGCUGGGAGCCCCUGUGCGGCAGCUCAACGAGACCAUCGACUACAACGAGUUCUUCAGCUGGGGCCCGGGGGCAGACUACGAGCAGAGCUAUGUGGCAGGGCUGCAGAAGGGGCUGCCCAGCCCCAUCCUCUACGUGGCAGAGAAGUUCCGGGCGCGGAGCCCCUGCGGCGUGCAGGGGCAGUACCGCAGCGCCGGCCGCUACGCCUCCAUCACCCUCUGGAUGGCCUUCUGCUCCUGGCUGCUGGCCCUGCUGCUGCUCUCCAUGCCCCUCCUGCCCCGGGGGGGCUGCAUGCUGCUGCUCACAGCCACCCUGCUGCUCUGCUCCCUGCUCUUCUUCUCGGCUGCCCGGGGCGCCGCCCGCUGCCCCAUCCGCCUGGGCACCGCUGCCCUGCACACGGCCUACGGAGCCUCCUUCUGGCUGGCACUCGCCACAGGGCUGCUGUGCCUGGUCCUGGGGCUGGGCAUUAUCAUCCUGAGCUCCAAGCAGCCUGAGAAGCUGAAGGUUGUCUUUGACCUGGACCAGGGGAGGGGAGAAGAGGAGGAGGAGCAGGGCAAGGCCUUCCUGCCAGCUGAAGCCAGCUCCUCUGUGCAGGAGGUGCUGCUGCUCCCCCUGGCACAGCUUCCCCAGGUGCCAGCCACCAAGCUGUGA